AAACUGUUUCCUGGUCUCCUGUCUCAUCAUCGUCAAAUGGCAGUAGGCCUGGCCACUGUCAGUUCAGCUGUGAGUUUGAUUUACAGUCUCAUUUUCACUUUUCUACGGCAGGCGAGACAGCAGCUGUAGUUCGCCAUGAGUUUUACUUUGAUGCGGCGGCAACUGCUGCUACCCAAAAGGGCGGGACACGUGACUCAAGUGCGUCACCAUGCCCCAAUUGCGGGUCCACCACGAUUCCCCAUGUCGCCCGGUAAGAAGUUGAUUUUGGGCGGCGGCUCAUUGCUGGUCAUGAUGAUCAUACCCUUUUGGGCACUCUUUCAAAUUCCACGUUGGUCAAAGCUGCACAACGGCAUCGUAGAGGAGGAGGAGUCCGCGCCGGCCGAGGGGGAUCAUCCGCCGCCAACGAAGGAUGAAAAAAACUAAAUGCAGACACUUGGGACUUGAUGUCCCUCCACACGUUGUAAACUUUUAAACGGUGACUUCUGAGGAGAGAUUCUUUUACUGGGAUCCAACUAUACACACACCCACCAACUGUACACCCGCACAAGAAACAAAAGUACACGAAAAAUGUAACAAAUUGCAGUCAAAGCUCAGCAACAGCGUGUCAUGAAAAGCGCUGUUAAUAAAGCGCACAGAUCUUCAGUCUUAA